AUGGAUGGUCUUUAUUUGCCCGAUGGGCGUCAACUUGCAUUAAUUGAUCGUGAUUGGAUUCUUGACGAAUUACCACAUCUAGGAAAUCCAGACGAUAAUUCAGACGCAAAUUAUUUACUUGCAUCAGCAGCAGCAGCUACAAGUGGUACCGGUGUUGCAACUGGUGGUUCAGGAGGUCGAAGUACAGCUGGUAUUGGUGCCGGAGGUAGUGGAAGUUCAACACACGGAGUAUCGAAUCAUACUGGUGGUGGAACUGGUGGUGCAGAUAGUACAGGAGGAAAUCAUCACGGUGCAAGUGCUAAUCAUAAUCAUAGUUUAUUAUAUAAUCCAGACGAAUUUGAAGGUGAUUUAACAUUAUUAUCUGAGAUCGUUGACGAAACACAGAAUAAGUGGUCAGAUUUUGGUCUUAAUCAAUUACUUACACCAUACGCACGUUUAAUUCGAUCAACAUUUAAAUAA